UCUUUGGAGACGCUACGCCUACCGCCAUAUAGACUGAACCCAGUCUUACUGUGUAGCAACGAUUGUAAACAACAUGGCGGCCACUGACGAAGCAAAGGAAAAUGCAGAUUCACUCCUACAAGACAUCCAAAAGAAAAUAACUGAAGCAUUUGAUAUAUUUGACCAUGAGUCCAAUAAGACUGUAGAUGUGAGAGAAGUAGGAACUAUUGUUCGCUCCCUCAACUGCUGCCCGAGUGAAGCUGAACUUCAUGAUAUGCUUGCUGAGAUUGAAGAGGAGGAGCCAACUGGAUACAUCAGAUUUGAAAAAUUCCUCCCAAUGAUGACAAAAGUGAUGAUGGAAAGAAGGUACAAGCCAAAUCCUGAGGAUGUGUUACUAAAAGCAUUUCAAGUCAUGGAUGCUGAAAUGAAAGGUCACCUCACCCAGGAUGAACUCCGCAAAUACAUGACUGAGGAGGGUGAACCCUUUACCCAGGAGGAGCUGGAGGAGAUGAUGUCUGCAGCAGUCGACCCUGACAAAGGCAUCAUCCUCUACCGCGACUUUGUGUCUGAGAUGGCCGUGGAAGAGACAUGAGACAGGGAGGAGAAUCAUGUAUCUCACAUACACUGAGGUUCUCAACAGACGCAGUUCAGUGUUCAGUGUCUGCUACACACACACACUUCACUGUCUACUGUGGAACAGUUGUCUGUCAUCUUGUCAGAUGAAUGAAUGAAUGGUAUUUUUGUUGGUUUGCUAAAAUGAUGUAUGGCUGGUGAUUUUAUUUCCAUCAUAUUUUUAUUUAAUGAUCCAUCCUUUUUCUCGUCCGACAUGCUGUCCAUUCAUAUUUCAGUUUAGACACUUUCUAAUAAAGAAAGAGGCAUGUCAUACAGUGGUGUGCUUUAUUCAUUCCCCUGUAAGAAAACUGAUCAUGUAUAUACAGUAUUAAACAUCUACAGCACCA